AUGAAUCCAACGGAAAUUGUAUCUUUUUUAGAAGCGCCUGAGGCCCUGCUUGAAAAUCUUCUACCCGGCUACAGCUUCUUUGCUCGAACCGAGGUCAGCUUUGUCUCUCCAUGGGACAAGGAUGAUCAAAAGACCGAACAGCAAAAGGAACUUUCUGAGGAAGAGGUUGUCCAGUUCGAGAAGGACGAACGGGAAUUUUGGAUCAAGAUUAGGGAAAUGAAGAUGAUUCAACCUAUUCGCUACACACCUGCACCUCCUGGUAUUCACUUCUUCCAAUAUCGAGGUACUCUAUUCGGUUUCUGUCGUCAACCGUACAAGGAAGCUGGCAGCCCUUGGACUGAUCACCGGGAGAAGCUAUAUCUAUAUGCUUGGAGUCAGCAUGCCCUUCGAAAGCUCUUGCAGGAGAUACAGGGGGCCAACAUAGAGACGAACAACAACCGCGUACGCAUAAGCCAGGGGCUCAAGGAUGGACCAGCACGACAGUGGAUGAGUUUGCCAUCUAAGAUGCCAAGGCCCCUCUCGACUAUCAUUAUAGAUCCACUUAUUAAGAAUGCGCUUGUCGACGAUCUGACAGACUUCCUCCAUCCGCGUACUCGUUCCUGGUACCAGAAACGUGGCAUUCCAUAUCGAAGGGGGUAUCUUUUUCACGGCCCACCGGGUACUGGCAAAUCAAGCCUGUGCCUCGCUAUUGCUAGUCUGAUAGGCCUCGAAAUCUGCACAGUCAGUCUCAACUCAAAAAAUGUCGACGGUGACAGCCUCACCCGCUUGUUUUUAUCUCUACCGGAGAAAUGUCUCGUCCUUUUCGAGGAUAUGGAUCAGGCCGGCAUAGAGAACCGCAAUAUCAGCGAGUCUCUCUCCCAGGUUGAAGAUGCGUCAGGCGAUGAUAGAAGCCAUGAAUGUCCAGAUUCCUCUGACCGUUCGCAGGGUGGCCUGAGUCUCUCAGAAAUCCUCAAUAUCAUCGAUGGUGUCUCUGCCCAGGAAGGGCGAAUCUUGAUCAUGACCACAAACGACCCAGGGUCUCUUGACAAGGCCCUCCAACGCCCAGGCCGGGUGGACCGAGUCUUUCCCUUCCACUUUGCUACCCGAAGAGAUAUCAAGGAACAAUUCCUAACAUUCUUUGUGAAGCCUUCGGACCACCUUUAUAUUGUCGAUGCCCAUGAUAUGAGAAUAUGUUGUUCUUUGGAACCAGCAUCCUCAAGUUGGUCGCUGAAGGAUAUCGUUCAAUUGUCGGAAAAGUUCGCUGCCAAGGUUAAGCCGAAUACGUACACUGCUGCGAUGCUCCAGAAUUACCUUCUGCAUUUCAGAAAUGACCCAGUGUCGGCCGAGCGUAACGUGACCGAUUGGAUGACGUAUAUGGAUGAGGGCGAGAUAUUCAUGGUGGCUUGA